UUGCAUGGGUUGUUACUCAAUCACUCUUCAUUCUCUUCAUUCCUCUGCCCUUUAUGCUUCUGCCUGGUUUUCUUCCUCCCUUUUACAUGCUUGAUGGCAUUUAUAUUUCCCUCAAGGUAUCUCUGCUAUUUAAAUGUACCAGUGGUACUUGUUGUUCUCCCACUCCCAAACAACACAGAUUUGCUUUCCCUUUUGAUAAUUUUUGUUGUUGACGGAUUACCUGGCUGUGUUAUUUCUGCUUCAUUAAUUUCACAAGUUAAAUAUUUUAACAGGUAAUCAAUACUACAGAGAGUUUAGCAAAGCAAUUUAGCAAAAACACUGGUGGGAAACCAGCAAUCAUCCUCUGCCCAAAUAAACUAAUAUAGAAACCCAAAGUUUCCCUUCCACAUCCCACACAAAUGUCUAUCUUCACACACAAAUAAAAAUAUUUGGAAUGUUACGAGAGUCCUGUGGGUUCUUUAAAUGAAAUGACCUUCUCUUGCUAUCCCAGGUUUUAAAAAAAUAAUCAUUGGAGACCCAAAAUGCUUUCCCUGAGCUAUUCUCUUACUAGACCACACAGAUUGCAGUUUGUGCGUUGUGAGGACAGGGCAGGGUUGUGCUGUAAUGGAGUUUAUUAGGGAAACCUGGAGUCAGGUCAUCCAUGGACCAAGACAGAUUAGAGAAUCACAACUGGAAGCUGGCUUUUUGUCAUCCUUCUCUGCAGCAUUUGAAAAAGAAAUUGAACUAAUAGCCCUCACACCUCGAAGCUGUGCCUUCAGGGAGCCAUUAUGUUCACUCCUCUUUGCACAGAGGAUAAAUUUAUUUUAUAAUCAAGUGUUGUUAAUGCGCGGAAGAACAUCUGCUUUUUAAUGCUGAAAAAUGAGCAGAAUUUGUCUUCUGAGUAUAUCGCAAAUGGUGCUGCAGUUCUGGAGAAAUCAUUUUUGUUCAGGUUUUGGGAGUUUAAAGUAAUGCAAAAUUUUAGGAGUUUCAUCUUCAUGGAAUUAGGAGUACAACAGAAAAGAUUUGUUUAUUUUUAGAAACUUAGAAAGCUGCUUCUUGGGGUACUUUUGACUUGUUCUCCUCUGCUGUCUACAAAAAAAAAAGUGAAAUGUGUCAAGCUGUAAUCUCUGUGUUGAAUACCACUCUUUCUCCCAGGUUGCAUUGUCCAUCAGAUGACUUUGAUUAUCUUUGUAGUCUUGGUAAUGGCUGACUGUAACAAGUAAGGCUGUAACUCGUUGCAGUAUCUGGUUGGGCUUGCAUAUUAAUGAAAAGCAGAACAAAAAGCCUGUCUGCUUUUCCACCAGGUUCUCAUAGAAGGAGUUUUGUCUCCAGAACGUUUUGGCAGGAUUAUUUAGUGAUUUCAUACUGAUGUGUCAAACACAUUCACAUAUUAACAAAUAAAUUUGGCUAGGAUGCAAAUAUUUGUUUAUAUAAUGUAUUGCAGCAGUUGUAUUUUGGUAAUUUGCUGUUCUUUUUCUUCCCUUCCUUGGUUUUUAGACAUAAAUAGAAGUGGGUUGUCCUUUAUUCGUAUAUUGAGAAAUUCAGUUUGCACCUGCCUCCAAGGUGCUAAACUGUCCUUUUCCAGCAAGUUCAGCUUAGCUAAUCUGGAAGAUGGAUUUAGUGAGUUUCUUACUCUAAUAACUCAGUCCAAACUCAGAGCUACAUAAAAAAUACCAAUCUGGAAUCCUGUGUCUGGUAGUGACUACAUCCUUUUUGUGAGAGACUCAGGGAAAAGGAGACAAAAUCUCUUCCCAAAAGAAGAAAGUUUCUUUAGGGACCAGCUGCUGAUUUUUGGAUUUUGUUCAGAGAACUAAUCAAAUUGGAUCUUCAAAACUGAAAGCCAACUAUUAAUGUGGAUUCAAGAGACAAGCUGUUGCCAAUCUAAGAAAAUUACUUCCAUUUUUCUCUUCAGGGUGAAAACCAAAACAAAGCUGAAGUGACCAGUUUAAAACAGUAUGAGCAUUUUUUUCCUGUGACUUUUACUCUGUGUGGGUAGGAGGGAGGAAUUAAUGAGGUUAUUGUCAGAAUUUUUUUAUUAGGUGAUCUGCCAAUUAACCAAUUAUUUUUCUAUAGAUUGAUUAUAUUUAAAAUAAGCUGUGGUGAUUGAAAAUCUACCCCAACUUUUUGUGAAACCUUGGAAUAAUUCUUGCAAGAAAUGUGUCCUUGGACGAAACUGCCUAAUGAAGUUGAUGGUGUUUGAUAGCCACAUGUCAAAUGUAGAUAAAUAUUUUAUAGUUAUGGAUCGGUUAUCCACUCCAUUCUAGAGUAAUGGAUCUGGUAUCUGCUCAGCUGGAGCUUUUAUGCUGCUGAUUGUCCUUUUGGGACUUAGAGGAAAAUGGAAGCACUUGAGGUCAGUGGAAAAUUUUCAGCGUCAGGAUGGAUAGAUUAGAUUUAUGGUGGAAAUUCAAGUCUGUUCAUGUUUGGAAAAGGUGGAGGAAUGUUUUUUAAGUGAGAAGUGUCAUUUUUAUGACCGAAACAAUUCACAGAACUGCAUUAAUUGUCCAGAGCUACUUUACUGUUUUUCCCUUUUUUUUUUCCAAGGGAGUUGAAAUACAUUUUGUUGAACCUGUUAACUUUGGAUUGUUUUGUAUGGUGGUAUCACGUUGUGUAAGCAUAACACUGGGAAAAAAAAAAAAAAAAAGCUGUGGAGUAUCUAAUUUCCUUGACAAAAUGUUUUUACUCCUCUCAGUUUGGGGCAGAAAACAAAUUAUUGGAAAACUGGGGUUUAUUGAGGUUUUUUAACUAUCUCUAAGUAGAGGAGAGAGCUGAGGUUCCAAUUCCCUGUGGUUCCUCAUUUCUUGUCCUGGUCUGUUCCAUCAUCACCACCCCCUUGUCACACCCAGUGCAUCCCUCAGUGGCCUUUUUGCUACUCUGCCAAGGACAGAAUUUGAACUGUCAAGCCUCCUCAGCAGUCUGUUUACUAGAUGGUACUUUUCCCCCACAGAAUUUGCAGAUUUUAAGACACAGUAGUUCUAAUGCUCCCUUUAGUUGGCUGGCAGUUGUUAAGGGAGGGCAUGUAACAAUAAACUUCUUUUUCUUAGAAUACCAAUAUGGACAUGCAAUUUAUAGAAAAUUAGUCCAGUGGAAUAGUUAGAGUUUAUUGAGAAUGUUACUAUAUCGUGCCCAACUCAAGUUUUUACCUAAGAAUUACGACAGUUCUAGAAGAGCAUUUCUCUAAAUGUUUCCAUGAUCAGAAAUACCUUCCAAAAAAAAAAAAAAAAAAAGCAAUGAUGUGGUAGGAAAUUAGAGUUGCCUCUUGUAUAUAAUCUGAAGUUUUCUUGUGUGUGGGAUUAGUUUCCAGCCAGAUUAGGGAGCACAUCUAUCAGGCUGAUUACGCAACCCACAAGCGCUUUCAUCUGCUCCAGCUGCCAGAGAAGUGCAGGGAUAGUCCCUUCGACCAAAAGUGCAGAUUUUUAUCUUUUACACAGACUGUAAAUCCUUACCUUAAGAAAUGUUUUGUUAACAUGCAGAUGGGCUCAGGAUGGCUCAGCUGCUUCCUUACACUUUAAAGAGAAAAACAAAGCUCCAGAAGCUUUGCUUUAAAUGGAGUUGUGUUGGGAAUAAUCGAUCAUUUUGUGAGUAAACUUACUACUGAAUAAAUUUGGAUGUUUUGGAGCAGAAUGCUCUGUAAACACAUCUUAUACCUUACCAAAGUAAGAGGGUGGUUCUUCAUAAGGUCUGGUACACUGCUGUAUUCCUACUGCAUCAGUUUUGCCCAGUUUUCAGCUUCAGAUUAAAAGUUCCAGACCGAUGUCUAGACUUGUAAAAUACUGGAAUUAGAGGUGUCAGUGUCACAGAGUGAGCUGAAAUGUGGUGGAUUCAAUUGUGACUUGUUUUCAAGCUUCUUUUUAUUUUUUUCUUUAAACCUAAAAUAAUUGUACCUUAAGAUCUAGUCUGCCAUUCCAGAUUCUUCUCUUCCAUUUCAGUUGAUUUUUCAGGUUCAUUUUGGAGGAUGUAUCUUCCAGGGUAUGGGGACGGAUGGGAUGUGACAAGAUGCUGGUGAUAGUGGCACCACUCCAAGAGCUAAAAUGUUCCUGCACUGACCAGCAGUCAUGAAGAGAAGGGGGUGAAGCAAAUUUGUCUGGACAAGUCAGAAGCUUUGAAAUUUUCAGCAGGAUUUAUGACCAGUGGCUGCAGGAGGUUUUGCCAAGCCAGCCAUUGACAUGAGAAUGGAUUCAGUGCCUCACACUUAAGUGAGCUCGUUUCCGUGCUUCAGCGUUGUUUCCUGCUGUGUGUGCCCCAGGAGCGAGCGCUGGCCGGGCCGGAGCCGCCGUUCCAGCAUGAUCACUACUCGAGGAAGUGUCUGUGCUGGGUGAGCAGAGCGGAGCCCCAUGGAUGAGACUCCUGCCAUGCACUGAGCACCGAGCCGCAGGCGCCGAGCUCUGGGAAAAUGUCUGCUUGCAACACUUUCACUGAGCACGUGUGGAAACCCGGUGAAUGUAAGAACUGCUUCAAGCCCAAGAGCUUGCACCAGCUACCCCCAGUGUCAGAAAAGAAGCCCCUCUCGCAUGGAAACCUGAAACCCAAUGCAAACCAGAGCAGCAGCCAGCGUGGCAGGUUCCGGCCGCCCGUGGCCAAGAAGCCGACGAUAGCUGUGAAACCCACCAUGAUGGUGGCCGACGGGCUCUGCGGGGAGCUGGCCACGCUGGAGCAGUGCGAGAACAAAGCCCUGCCCGCGGGGUGGAACCGCAACAAGGCGGUGCUGAACAAAAAACCACUGAACAACAACAAUGAGGAGGAGAUCGAGGGCUACAGCCAUGUUCCUAGGCCUUACGGCAACAGCGAGGGCGUGGGUAAGGUACCCAGUAACAAUAAUAAUGGACUGACAGAAGUUCUGAAGGAGAUUGCAGGUUUGGAUACCACACCUCAGCUCACUGGAAAUGAAACAAACUCCAGAGAAACCUUCUUGGGAAGGAUAAAUAAUUGUUACAAAAGAUCAUUAGAAAGGAAGAUCCCUCCGAGCUGCAUGGUGGCUGGAAUGAAGGAUUCACAGAGUAAGCAUGUUAUUCUGAGUGGAAGCACUGAAGUCAUAAGUAAUGAAGGUGGACGUUUCUGUUAUCCAGAGUUGUCUAGUGGAGAUGAGAGUGAGGAUGACACGUUUUUUGGCAGCAUGCAGGAAGAGCACGAGAGCUGGGAUGAAAGUGAUGAAGAGCUGUUAGCAAUGGAAAUCCGGAUGAGGGGCCAACCUCGCUUUGCUAAUUUCAGAGCUAACACCCUGUCUCCUGUUCCGUUUUGUGUUGACAAAAAAUGGAAUACCGUGCCCCUUCGGAACAAGUCUCUCCAGCGGAUCUGUGCCGUGGAUUACGAUGACAGUUAUGAUGAAAUUUUGAAUGGUUACGGGGAAGAGACUGUGAUUCUUUAUGGGCAAGAGAGCAUGCAGAGCAUGGUAUCUUCUGAUUCUACAUCUCCUGAUUCUUCUUUGACGGAAGAGUCUCGUUCUGGGACAACCAGCAGUUCUUCCCAGAAGCUCUGUAAUGGAGGCUUAUCUCCUAGCACUCCUCAGGACCUCAAAGUAAUUGAACCAGAAUAUGAAAGUCUAUGUGACAAUCAACAAGUGAAAGAUGUGCCAAAAGCACCCAGAAAUGCUCUGAAAAGUCAGGAAACUCACAAAGCUGUCCUUGCGCUUCGCCUGGAGGAGAAGGAUGGCAAAAUUGCUGUGCAGACUGAUACGCAGGAGAAUAAAAGUUCUUCAGAUGCUGCUGGUCAGGCCGUAACUAUUAAUUUGGUGCCUGUGGAGGAGCAAGCUAAGCCUUACAGGGUGGUGAACAUGGAACAACCAGUGUGCAAGCCAUACACCGUAGUGGAUGUAUCAGCUGCCAUGACCAGUGAAUGUAAAGAGAAUCAGACUGAAACCUCAGAAACCAAAAAGGCAUCAUCUAGCCCAAGCUCACCAGUAACCCCAGGCACACCUAUUGCAUCCUCUGCAGCAUCACCUGUACGUGUACACGCUAAUCUGAAAAAAUCCAGCGCAAUCAGAUACCAAGAAGUGUGGACUUCUAGCACUAGUCCAAGACAGAAGAUACCUAAGGUGGAACUGAUUGGAAACAGCUCAGGACCUUCUGUUCCUCCCAGGAAGACAAGCCACAAGUCAGCUCCUACUUCACCUACAGCUACAAACGUUUCUUCGAAAACUAUCCCAGUUAAGUCUCCCAAUUUGUCUGAGAUAAAAUUCAACAGUUACAACAAUGCUGGCAUGCCACCUUUCCCUAUUAUCAUUCAUGAUGAGCCCACUUACGCUAGGAGUUCCAAAAAUGCUAUUAAAGUUCCUAUUGUAAUCAAUCCAAAUGCAUAUGAUAACUUGGCAAUCUAUAAAAGUUUUCUAGGGACCACUGGGGAGCUCUCUGUCAAAGAUAAAACUACAAGUGUGAUAAGCCAUACCUAUGAAGAAAUAGAAACUGAAAGUAAAGGCACCGAAGCCAUAGGCAGCAAAUCCACUGAGUUGCCCCAAGCAAGAGGGGUGGCCAGUAGCUCUGAGUGCAGGCUGGGCUCUGUGGCUCAAAAGGUCCAAGAGUUCAACAGCUGCCUCACUAAAAGCCAGAUAUCCCCACAGAGAAGCCACAGUGCUGACCACAGCUCCCCAUCCAGAGUUCAAAAGGCAAUGCAAGAGCCUGCAGCAAAAGCAGACAUAACCCCAGAUGGUUCCAUUGGCAGCAGUGGUGGCAGAGAGAAUGCGAGCACAGUGCUCUCACAGAUUGUGGCUUCUAUCCAGCCUCCACAGUCUCCUCCAGAAACGCCUCAGUCUGCUCCCAAGUCCUGUAGUGUAGAAGAACUGUAUUCCUUACCCCCUGAGGGAGAUGCUACUAAAAACACCCUGGUACGACCCAAAUCUCUGUUUACAUCACAGCCUGAAGUGGAGUCCUCCAAGAUGGAAAGCACUGCCAUUAAAAUGCAGAAAGAUCCACUUUCACAGCCAGCUGCCACUCCCUCUCCAAAGCCAGCGCGAGCCACCCCGAGUGCCGUGAGUCCCCAGGCAGAGCAGGCACCGCCAUUCCCCCCUCCACGCUCCACCUCCUCUCCCUACCAUGCCAGUAACUUGCUGCAAAGGCAUUUCAGCAGUUGGGCCAAACCCAACAGCCCCACCAGGUCGACAGAAGCCGAGUCCAUCCUGCACUCGGAGGGGCGGCGUCCCGACGCGAAACCCAAACGCUGGAUAUCGUUCAAGAGCUUCUUCCGCCGCAGGAAAGCUGACGAUGAGGAGGAGAGAGAGAAGGAGAGGGAGAAAGGGAAGCUGGUGGGUCUGGAUGGAACUGUUAUACACAUGCUCCCCCCGCCUCCAGUGCAGCGGCACCACUGGUUCAGCGAGGCCAAGUCGGACUCCAGCGAGAAGCCCUCGAUCGUUUUCAUGUACAGGUGCGACCCGGCACAGGGGGAGCCGAGGGCUGAGCUCCCACACCAGGCUGGGCUGGACUCUGCUAUCGCAGAGGCACUGGCAAAGGACAAGGGAGAAACGCAGGAAAAGCCUCCAGAGAGCUCGGAACAAAACAUUGCCGGCCAUUCCUCACCACCUCAGGCUCCCAAGAAAAUCCCCAGCACACCAGAACACUGUGGAAUCAAUGGCUCGCCAGAGUUUCAAGACAUGAUUAAAAGACUCAAGAAGGCCCUGAAAGAAUUUCCUUUAAUGGGGAAUUGUGUGAGUGAGUACAGUGGUCAAGUGCCUGAUGACCCGGCCCUGGAGGAGCUGUCCCCUCGUGUCCCCAGAGCUGUGUUUGUCAAGCAGGACAAUGGGGGCAGCGCCUCGGUCAUCCCGGUCUCGGCCGCCCGCGCGCCGCCGGCCGAGGAGGAGAAAGAAGAAGCUCCAAACUCUCCUGAUAUCAGUACCUGCAGUGCUACCUACAGCAAUUUAGGGCAGUCCAGAGCAGCCAUGAUCCCUCCAAAGCAGCCCAGGCAACCCAAGGGAGCUUUGGAUGAUGCCAUUGCCUUUGGAGGGCUGGCAGACCAGGAGACAGUGAACAGCCUGCAGCCAACACCACCUCCACUGCCAAAGAAAACAAUUCUGAGAGCUAACACAGAGCCAACUCCCCGAGAUCUCCAGAAGCAGGCUCUGGAGAACAACCUGUGCAUCAUGGCCAACCCCACCUAUGACAUUGACACCAACUGGGAAGCAAGCAGCGCCUGUUCCUCGGUCAGCCUGGAGCUCAAGGUCCUGGAUAACGAGUCGGGAGAUUCCUUGGACAGGCCGACAGAGAAACUGAGGGCAGCCGCCUCGGCGACGAACAGCGUCUCCAGCCUGAGCACUCUCAGCGUUAAGGAGCGCUGCUCCAGCAGCAUGGAGUCCCUGACGGGGCGGCGCCUCGCGCAGGCCAGGCAGGGCCGCGGCGUGCAGAAGCCACAGAGACAAGCACUUUACCGAGGCAUCGAGAACAGGGAGGAGGUGGUGGGCAAGAUCCGGAGCCUGCACGCGGAUUCGCUGAAGAAGCUGGCGCUGAGGUGUGAGGACCUGUUCAUGGCCGGGCAGAAGGACCAGCUGCGCUUCGGGGUGGACAGCUGGUCGGAUUUCCGGCUCACCAGCGACAAGCCGUGCUGCGAGGCGGGCGAUGCCGUCUACUACCCCGCCUCCUACGCCAAGGAUCCCCUCAACAACUACGCGGUCAAGAUUUGUAAGAGCAAGGCUAAGGAAUCGCAGCAGUAUUACCACAGCCUGUCUAUCCGGCAGAGCCUGGCUAUCAACUUCAACAUCCAGCAGGACUGUGGCCAUUUCCUUGCUGAAGUGCCAGUUCGCCUCCUGCCGUGGGAGGAUGAUGACGCGCCGGACGUGGAAGAAGAGCGGGAAGAAGAGGAGAAAGAAGCUGAGCAGAAGAGCAGAGACGCUGCUUCCAGCCCCGAGGCCUCCCGCAGGGACAGCCCCAGCAGGCAGGGCACCACCAGCAAGCCCCGCAGCCGCGUGGUGGUGAUCACACGGGAGGUCCCGCAGCUGACGGUGGCCGACUUCGUGCGGGAGUCCGCGCCCCGCCACAGCAAGAGCCCCGACCUGUAUGAGAGACAGGUCUGCCUGCUGCUCCUGCAGCUGUGCCUGGGCCUCGAGCACCUGAAGCCCUACCACAUCACACACUGUGACCUGCGCUUGGAGAACCUGCUGUUGGUUCACUCCAGACCGGGAGGAAGCGCCCUGAGCCCCGAGGCCACAGAACCCAAUCCCAACACUGCCUGCCCGGCCAGAUUAAUUGUGAGCAACUUCUCCCAGGCCAAGCAGAAGAGUCAUAUGGUGGAUCCUGAGGUCCUGCGGGAUCAGUCCCGCCUGGCUCCAGAAAUCAUCACUGCAACACAGUACAAGAAGUGUGAUGAGUUCCAGACUGGCAUCCUCAUCUAUGAAAUGCUGCACUUACCCAACCCCUUUGAUGAGAAUCCAGAGCUGAAAGAGAAAGAAUACACUUGUGCUGAUCUGCCCAAGAUACCUUGCCGUUCCCUCUACUCUCAAGGGCUUCAACAACUUGCCAGCUGCCUGCUGAAUCCCAACCCUUCAGAGAGGAUCUUGAUAUCAGAAGCCAAAGGAAUCCUUCAGUGUUUGCUUUGGGGUCCACGUGAGGACUUGUUCCAUGCUCUCAGUACAUCUUCCAACCCCUCACGGAGAGAUGCUAUACUUCAGAACUGGCUCGAUAUAAAAAGGACGCUGCUGAUGAUCAAGUUUGCAGAGAAGUCCUUGGAGAGGGACUGUGGAAUUAUUCUGGAAGACUGGCUUUGUUGUCAGUAUCUGGCUUUUGCCACUACAGACUCACUUCAUCGCAUUGUGAGACUCAUGAAGCAGCACUAGUUGUAGAGCCUGUUGCUUUUUGUGAAGCAUCCCCACCUCUGCCCCAGCCCUCACUCCAGCCUGCACUAGGGCUCACACUUUGUACAAUUGUUACAAAACAGCCUAGACAUUGAAACCAGUGACUCUGAGCAAAUAGGUUCUAAUUGGAGAAAUUGCAUCCUGUACCAAGUAUGACAGAAACUUUACUUUUUUGCCAGCCCUGCUAGGGAUUGAUCACAUACAUGACUGCAUUUGGAUCAGUAUGUAACUUGAUUCGUAUCUGGCUGAAAAGGAGAGCAAGCUUUGAUACCACUAUUUCUACCACUGCAGUAAACCAAUUGCCCUCCUCUUCUGGGUCAUAAUUUCCUACGUAGCAUUGGUUAGUGAAUAGCAGUGACCAUAAGCAGAGAUGGAUUAGUGGUGAAUGUGAGAUGAAUUAUCCACCAUGCCACAAAACAAUCAUUUGCUUUCACUCCACAUACCACACAUUUCCUCUCAGCUUAGUCAGUCCCCCACAAGCAGGCUGUGCUCCCCUUUCCUUUGGUCUCAACCAAACAGGUUCUGAUCUUUCUCUUACACUUUACACCACCUGUACUUUCCCCCCCAGAUGCGGUUUUCCCACUGACCAUGGCAAGUGUCAGUGAGCAGUAAACACCUGUGUUCAAUCCUCUUCCCUCCUCCUCUGCCUCACUGCCUACCCAUAUCCUUUCUAACCAUGGAUCCACGAUUUCGUCAAUGCUGCCUUAAUCACACCAUUACCCUUAGCUUGAGACCUGUGCAUUAAAAAGCAGAAUAUGCACAUUUUAUCUAUCCUAUUUCCUAGGCAACUUUCACCAGUCUGGACUGUUGAUGUACUGUAGCCAUAACUACAUUUAUACAAGAACAAUACAACACAUGGUGGACCAUUGAAAUUCCCCUUCCAUUGCAAAAAGCGCUAAAGCUUGACUUGAAAUGGGUGGGACGUACAUAACCUUCUCUGACAAUCACUGCUAUGAAUCAGGGAUGAAAAUAAAAGCCACCUCUUCUGUUUUGUUUUGGUCUGCUCUUGUCACUUAUGCCAUACUGCAAAGUGAGACUGAAAUUGGCUUUGCAGGUUUGUUGGCAGGAGAUAGAAAUGUUUAGAGCUUGUCUGUAGCUAACAGGCAACAUGGAGAUACUUUUACUGUGGGCACAGUUCUCUGAAGGGGAAAAACAAGGGGGCAAAAACACUUGUUUCAUUAUUGAGGGAGCUGUUUAGUUUGGCAGCCACAAUGAACAGCAUCAUGAUCCACACUUCCUGCAGAAGUGCUUGGCUGCUGAUCUCUUGCCUGUUGUAACCAGUGUUUUCUAAUGUUGCUAUAGACAACACCCUAAAAAUGGAAUGUUGUCAGAAGAGCUCAAAAGCAUCACAGACAGAGCUUUGGACUAGAGCAGGAAACAGUGAGGAUUGAACAGUCAGAAUUUUUAAAACCUCAACUUGAAGGAGCUUUUUUACUUUUAGAGGCCACUGCUGACUUCCUUCUGUGCCCUAACAGCCAUUUCCCAUGGAACCUCUGUACAGACAAUGUCUUUGCUCAUAUUGGUAGGCUAGGAGUUGUUUCCGAAUUUACUCUGAAGAAUGGAUCUGGAUGCAGAGGGAAAAGCGAUCCUGAAUACUCUGACCUGGGUGAUGGAAAGCAGACAGCCAUAGUUAUGAGCCUGUGCUUCUCUCCUAUGGAUCUAUGUGCAAUUCUUGUAUUAUUUUUUAAAGCUGUACAUUACAGUGUUCACUUUACACACCAGCCUUUACCUGAUGCUAGAUCUGCAGCCCCUUCCUUUACUUUCCUGGCACAUAAAUGCACAGAUAUCCAUGUGUUCUUUUUAUGGAUUGAUGUUCCAUUUUAAUUGUUGAAACUGUGAGGAAUCAAUUCCCUUCAGCCUUGAAACAAAUAGCCACUUUAUACAACAUAUGCAUUCUUGGACCACAUGCAUGGAAACUGAACAGUCCUGCAGGCUUAAAGUCAGCAAGAGUAGCUCUGGAUCCACGCCAUACAUCGAGGGGUUGACGUGUCUGUGGUGUUCCUCUGGCAUCUCUCAGAGCUCAGCUGAAUGGCGUGUGGAAGCCUACAUUGAUUGUGCCGUAGUAUAGACUGUCUUCGUUACCUUUCUAAAGAUUUUUUUGAAACUUCUGAUUAUUCUUUUGUUUGAUUCACCUGUAUCAGUGAAGGAUCAGGCAAGGAUAAGGGUAAUAUAUUUUAAUGUGAUUUAUAUGUUUUUCUUUCUCUUUUUGGCAAGAAGGUUAGGAUGGUGGCAUUGAUGCAGAAAAACAGGACAGUGCAUUAAAAGCCCAAGUGCAAUGUAUGUAAUUGAAGUAUUUCCUCUACAUCAGGAAAGAAAGUUUCUGCACUACUGCUGAGCAGCUUGUAGAAGAACCUUUACAAAGAAUCUCCUGUUCAGUGCAGCCCUGCUUUGUCUGGACCCAGGAGGGCAAUGCUCCCAUAGUUCACAUACACCAAGCAUGGCAAGUCACUUGUGUACUACCUACUAGCUAUUAGUGACAGUGUGCUGAGCUGCCAGUGGGGCUUCUCGUUCUCCGUGGUCUGGUUUUGUGUUUGUUCUGUGGUGUGUGUGUGCACCUGACUUUCCAGCUAGCUCACAUAGGCAUAGGAGUAACUCUUGGACCACUUGGCAUUGCAGUGGGGCGAUCCCUUGAAGCCUCUGGGUGUUCCCAUGUCCCACUGUCACUUUGAUGUCAACACGCACAUGCAAAGUUGGAUUUUGAAUGUUGUACAACUGUACAUAUUAAUGCAGCUGGUCCAACGCCUUUGUAUCUCUAGCUAUCUAACUUCAGUUUGUAUCUUUUGUGAGGAACCAAUACUCAUUUUAGCUCUGCAGUAUAAUCAAGCAUGGAUAGAUGUUCACUACCAACCUCUUUCUUGUGCAGCACUGGGUAAACUUUAGCAAUUUGUAAUGUUGUGUGGUUUUUUCCUUUAAAAAGAAAGAAUGGCCAAGGUAAUUGAACCUGAUCUGGCCUGAGUUCUUCCUUGAGGAGCUUGAGGCUGACUUUGCCGAUCUGCCCAUAACUGACGAUUGCAACUGUGUUUGUGGUGGUUCUCCAUCCUGGCACCAGAUUGUGCCACCUAAGUACACAAGAAUGUAUGCAUUAAACUGAUUGUAAACAAAUCCUAAGAAUGCUACAGCAUAAUUGCUAAGCAAAAGGAAAAAAACCCGCUCUGUUUGUAACAGGAUCCUGUGUAUGGCAGGAACAAAACCCCUGGCUGUGCAUGUUAGAACAUACUUGAAUAUGUGCACAGAUCUUGAAUUUUUUUUUUUUUUUAGCAAUGUCGCACUUUCAGUUGAGCUCAAGAAAUGGGAAGAGCUGCAAAUCUAAGAUAACAGUAUUGACUGUAAAUAUAUAUUUUUCUAUUAAUAAAAGCUGUCAUUCAAAUAUUUUUAACAUAAACUCUAAAGAUUUUUCCAGUGCAAACUAAUUUCUGGAAAAAUCAAAUGCUUAUUUGAAGAAAUAUGAUGAAUGGUUUCUGAUCCUUUUAGAGCCAUGCAAACCCUCUCUAAUAUUACAGAGAGAGCACAGUGAUUGGAUUCACAAUGUUUAGUGCCUUUCAAAAACCUGAAAUGUAGCUGGUCAGUUGGUGGAAAUCUUAUUAUUUUCAUAACAGCCCUAGAAAUAAUACUGCCCAUGUAAAGAUGCAAAGGACUUUACAAAAUUAAAUGCUGUACUUUGUAUGAUACUGGGUUGAUCUAUUCCAUAAGAUUUGUGUGAAUGGGUUCCUCUAAGUUGCUUGUAGUACAGCAUAAGCCUGAAGUAACAAAACUGGGCUUUCAAAUUUGGGAUCUGGAACAGGGAGCAUACCAGUGGAUACCAAGUCCGUUGUUCCAGCCUGACCAGGCAUCAGGAGAAGCCUCUUGCUGCGACAAUCUGCUGCAGACUCGGUGCUGGUCUGGGGGCAGCGGGAGGGGAACGAGCUGCUCCUGCGGGAGGGGUGGAGGUGCUGCACACCCAGCCCUGGGCCGGGGUGGGAAACGCGAGCCUCUGUUCAAACAGCAGUGCUACAAGAACUGCUCCUGACAUGAUAUGGAAAGUGGGUUAGUUUUGUAUUUCUUAAAUGGAAAUUACUUAUUACUAAUUAUCUGUAAAACCUCAGAUCUGAUCCAGUCAAUAUGCAAAACCAGGUGAGUGUAAAGAGGCUCUACUGGUAAAAGCUUGCCUACAAAUUUUUAGGAAUGAGGGAAUCCAGAAUUUUCUUCUGGAGCCCCUGAAAUGUCCAAAUACAGUAUUCAGUAUUCAGACUGAUGAAAUCAGUAACCCCAGCCAGGAUACCAUGUUGCUGCCCCACAGAGAAGAGUGCAGGUAGCAUUUACAAAAAUAUUCCACCUUAAAUCUUUUAUGCUCCACACAUCCUAUCCACAAAGUAUGAAUGGAUCAUCUUGACAUGUUAAUACAAGAGAAUUCCUAUAUAUUGUAGAGAAAAAAAUAUUAUUUAAAUUAAAUAUGUGUGUUAGGGUUCAGCUACCUGCAGAAUUUAUUCAGCAGCUUCAUACUGUAGAUCCUUAAUUUUAACAUUUAUUUGCUGCUGAAAUAAAAUGUAUCUGUUUCUGAAUUCUUGUGCUGAGAUUCCCAUCUAAAUUAAUUUCUUUUGUUUGUAAUAACAAAUCCUUAUGUAAAUAUAAAAUAAAUUAUCCUGGUUUUAUUUAAAUCAGUUUUAAGUUUUCUGAGGGAUACAAUAGAAACUGAGUCAGACCUUUUAAUGCACUUUCUUUUCCCCCUUUCUCUGAAUUGACUGUUUCUCAAUACAAACAGUACUUAACUGCAUGACUAGACCAUCAAUUGUACUCUGAUUUUGCAGAGGUGGUGUUGGUUCUGCUAAAACUCCUGUAAGACCUGGAGCACAAUCAAAGCCCAUCAGCCAGUACAGAGAAAGAUGUGAUUGUGAUUUAGUUAUGCAGUAAGAUAACAUCAAGGAAGUUAAGAACAGAAUUUUAAAUACCUCUAUAAAAAUACACCUGUGGAAAUAUUCUGUAAACAAUCAUGUGGAUUUCAAAGACUUCAAGUGAAGAAUACACAAAAAAUACUUUUCAGAACACUGGGGAGAAAUUUCAUAAGGGCACCCUCAACUCCAAAAGGAGAAAGCCUUUUUCCCUGCUGUGUUGCAGAGAAUUUCUGGUAGACAUUUGUCUGGAUUUUCUUACUCACCUGGAUGCAGUAUUAGAAGGAUGGUGAUUUUGAGUAGGUGUAGAAUGUAAUUUAAAUAACUUCAUGUAAGUCUCUUUGCAUUGGUGCUCCACUCAGCAUUUACCUGGAAACCACAGAAUGCUUUCGGAUCAAGCAGAGUUGCCAGUGAGAAAUGAAAUACUCAACUUACCUGUACAUAAGCAUUUUACCACUCUGCAGAAUUUGAGAAUUUGGUUUUUACUUCAGACUAUAAAGAUUUUUUUCCAUAAAUUUAAGGGGAAGAUUUCAGGGAUUUAGAAGAGGUUGGAGUUUUUUUUUUAUAUGGAAGAAAUAUUUGUUCAUAAAUACAUAUAUACAUACAUAUAUAUAUAUGAGUGCAUGUGGGCAUGUUUUAAUAUAUAUGUAUGUAUAUGAAUUUUUUAUCCCAAAAGUAUUCUUUGCCCCUUUUUGCUUGAAAAAAUAUAUAUAUUAUAUAUUGUAUAUAUAAUAUAUAUUUUAAGAGUGUGUAAAUUUUGAUAUAGUAAUUUCAUAAAUAACACCUCUUCAAAAAUGACUCAAAACUUCUGUUUCCUUGUCCUUUGGAUUGUUGGUAUUAGAAGGUUUUGCCGUUGAAAUCCUUGGGUUUUUUCUUUUGAAAUUUAAUUAUGCUGAGCAUUUAAGAAUAUGUUCUUGUUUUUAAUAAAAGGGGAAAAUUUAUUUUUAAAUUGGGGAUUCCAAAAUCAGUGAACUUUUAUAAAUGGGAUUUCUUUAAAUGCCUUGAAUAAGGGAAUUUCUUUUAAUUCUUUUUUCAGUUCCAUUCUUGUGGGUAAUUUGUAUUUGGAAUUUCUGGUUGCAUUGCUUUAUCUGGUGCUUCAUAUUGAUAUUUACACAUUUUUAUAUAAGUAAGUAUAUAAACUUCAAGCCUUCCUUUGUGAUCAGGGGCAGUUACACUCUGGUUUGCUGUGGUACUUUGCUGUGUACUCCGUGGCAUUCAUGUUACUGUGUAAAUAAACUAGUUUUAUUACACUCAAAA